GUGGCGAACCUCUAUGGCGGUUUUUAUCUCCGUAUUUUUCAAGAUUAAUUAAUAAAAGUAUAAACAUAAAUAAAAAAUGGCUUAUGAAUGACAGUUACUGAUUACUUUAAUUAACGAAAGAAAUUUUUAAAAUGGUUCGAAGUAGUGACAAGGAUAGACAUCAUCGAAGAAGAUCUCGUUCUAGAUCAAGAUCUCGUUCCGCUACACCAGAAAAAAAGAGGAGACGUUCAAGGAGCAGAGAUCGAGAUAGGGACAGAGAAAAGACACGUCAUAGAGAUAGACGUAGUCGUUCUCGUGAAAAAGAAAGAGAAAGAAGUGAUCGAAGAGAACGAUCUGACAGAGAUAGGGAUCGUGACAGAGAUAGGAAAAGUGGAGACAGUAAAGAAAAGCGUCUUACAGGCUCAAAAUCUUCUCGAUCUGGUAAAGAACGAUCUAAUAGAUCAAGGUCACGAGAGGGGAAAGACAAGGAUAAAGGUGACAAUGAAGAAUUACCAUUUGAUCAUACAAAACUUGAUAAAGAAGAAGAACAGAAGCGUUUAGAAUUAGAGAUGCAGAAAAGAAGGGAAAGAAUUGAAAGGUGGAGAGCAGAGAGAAAGAAAAAAGAAUUAGAUGCCACUAAAAAGGAUGGAAAGUCAACAAUGUUAGCCAAUUUACAGUUGCCUACAGCAAAAAAAUGGUCUCUUGAAGAUGAUAGUGACGAGGAACCUCCCAUUGUUUUGAAUAAAGACAUAAAAGAAGAAAAUGUAAAAGAAGAGAAUGAAGAGGAAAAAGUUGAAAUUAAAAAGGAAAACGAAGAGGAAAUUGAUCCAUUAGAUGCUUUUAUGGCAGAAGUGCAAGAAGAAGUUAGAAAAGUAAACAAGAUUGAUAAUAAGGCUGUGAAGCCAGGUACUAAUAAUAUAGUAGCCCCAUCAACUGGAGGUGUUGUUAUUGUUACUGGGGUAGCAAAGAAAAAGGUACAAAAACAAAAAGGCGAAUUAAUUGAACAGAAUCAAGAUGGUUUGGAAUAUUCAAGUGAAGAAGAAGGAGAAAAUCUUCACGAAACAGCUGCUGGAAUUGCAAAUAAACAGAAGCGUGAAUUGGCUAAAGUUGAUCAUAAUGCUACGGACUAUAUACCAUUUACAAAGGCUUUUUAUCGUGAAGUUCCUGAAAUAGCACGUAUGACAUCUGACGAAGUAGAACUGUACAAAGAGGAGCUUGAAGGCAUUCGCGUAAAGGGUAAGAAUUGUCCAAAACCCAUAAAAUCGUGGGCGCAAUGCGGAGUUUCAAAGAAGGAGCUCGAUGUACUGCGAAAGCUCGGUUAUGACAAGCCGACGCCCAUUCAGUGUCAAGCGAUACCAGCGGUGAUGUCGGGCAGGGAUUUAAUUGGUAUCGCUAAGACAGGCAGCGGCAAGACCCUUGCCUUUCUCUUGCCGAUGUUUAGGCACAUACUGGAUCAGCCGCCUCUCGCCGACGGCGAUGGACCCAUUGCCCUGAUUAUGACACCAACCCGUGAACUAUGCAUGCAAAUUGGAAAGGAUUCGAAGAAGUUUACCAAGAGUCUUGGGCUGUCGCAUGUCUGUGUUUAUGGAGGCACCGGUAUUUCCGAACAAAUUGCCGAGCUGAAAAGGGGUGCAGAGAUCAUUGUGUGCACUCCUGGAAGAAUGAUCGACAUGUUGGCGGCAAAUAAUGGAAGAGUGACAAAUCUCAGGAGGGUUACGUACGUUGUACUAGACGAGGCCGACAGAAUGUUUGAUAUGGGCUUCGAACCGCAGGUCAUGCGAAUAAUGGAGAACGUUCGACCGGACCGGCAAACCGUUUUAUUCAGUGCGACAUUUCCCCGACAAAUGGAGGCCUUGGCCCGUAGAAUUCUCACAAAACCUGUGGAAGUGCAAGUAGGUGGUCGAUCGGUGGUGUGCAAAGACGUGGAGCAGCACGUGGUAGUGCUCGAUGAUGACCAGAAGUUUCUGAAGCUGCUAGAGAUACUCGGUCACUAUCAGGACAAGGGUUCAACGAUAAUUUUUGUGGAUAAGCAGGAGAACGCGGAUACGCUACUCAAGGACCUUAUGAAGGCCUCUUAUUCGUGCAUGUCCUUACACGGGGGCAUCGAUCAGUGUGAUAGGGAUUCAACGAUACUAGACUUUAAGGCGGGGCGGGUAAAGCUUCUGGUGGCAACGUCAGUAGCUGCAAGAGGUUUGGACGUGAAAAGCCUCGUACUGGUGGUUAAUUACGACUGUCCUAAUCAUUAUGAGGAUUAUGUGCACAGGUGUGGUCGAACUGGUAGAGCUGGAAAUAAGGGUUAUGCGUACACGUUUAUCACACCAGAGCAAGAGCGCUACUCGGGCGAUAUCUUACGGGCGUAUGAACUCGCGGGUGUACCGGUGCCGGAGCCGUUGCGUCUUCUUUGGGAAGGUUAUAAGAGCCGACAGGAGGCUGAUGGCAAGAAGGUCCACACGGGUGGUGGGUUUAGUGGCAAAGGUUACAAGUUUGAUGAAUCUGAGGCGGCUCUCGCCAAUGAGAAAAAGAAAUUCCAGAAGGCGGCUCUUGGCCUCCAAGACUCAGACGACGAGGACAUCGAGAAUGAUAUCGACCAGCAAAUCGAGACAAUGUUACAGGCCAAGAAGAUUGUCCACGAGAUGCCAAAAUCCGCGGCAGGAGCGACAGGUAUGGCUGGAGCCGGCAGUCAGGCGGUUCCCAGUGCUACGGAAAAGCUCGAACUCGCGAAAAAACUUGCAUCGAAAAUCAAUACUGCCAAGAACCUCGGUGCCGAGGCUAAGGGGGCGACUCAGCAAGUUGCUGAGGCAAUCCUUAAGGGGGCCGGGCCAACCAAUUUAAUUACGGCAAAGACAGUGGCGGAGCAAUUAGCGGCCAAACUAAACACGAAACUAAAUUACCAGCCACGGGAAGAGGAUUUGAUCGAGGGUGAGGGAGAGCCCGGUGAACAGACCUUCCGCAAGUACGAGGAGGAGCUCGAGAUAAAUGAUUUCCCACAGCAGGCAAGAUGGCGAGUAACCAGUAAGGAGGCUCUCGCUCAGAUAUCUGAGUACUCAGAGGCCGGCCUUACGGUACGCGGCACUUAUAUAGCUCCGGGCAAGCCACCCCCUGAUGGCGAACGCAAACUUUAUCUAGCAAUCGAGUCGACGAGUGAGCUUGCAGUAAGUAAAGCCAAGGCUGAAGUUUCCAGGCUCAUCAAGGAAGAACUUAUAAAACUCCAAGCCUCUGGCGCCCACACUGCUUCACGCGGACGCUAUAAGGUUCUUUAAGAAAAUGCGAUUUUCGUCCUCAGACUUGGGAGGCUCGCCAGCAAGAAUUUCGAGUUCAUGGACGAUUGCAAGCACGUGAACCCACUUGGACGUCAAAAGACAUUCCUGCACUCUUUGUACAAAUUAAUAAUCUCUUGUUUUCCUGUCUGUUUUUCGAAAUUUUUGUGGCAAACGUGCUUACA